CUGCUCCUCAUCCCGACCGUCCACCGAUCCCAACGCUUCCUCCGUCGCGUGCCGCGGCGGGUGGCACGGUCGAUGGAGUCGCCGCUGACGCGCUUGGGGUCGCAAGACCAGCUGGGCUCCGACCGCCCGGACUCGCCCACUUAUUCGGACAAAGAUGCCGAGGAGGAGGAGGAAGGCGCCGAAGCGGAGGCACGUCGGAACAAGAGGAAUGCCCGGAUGACCCGCACCACGACUUUGGACAAUGCGGAGAUGGAAGCCAUGAUGUUGCAAGAGGAGUUGGAGGAGAUGGAAGCUGAGCGUGCUGCCAAGGAGAGACACCUCCAAAUGUCGCAGAAGGCGGUGCCCUGGGUGGAGACCCAGUUCUUUGCCAUGUUGAUGGCUGCAGUGGUCUUAGCCAACUCCGUGGUCAUCGGCUUAGAACUGGAACUCGCCGGUUCGGCGAGCACCUGGGUCUUCUCCAUUGUGAACAACGGCUUUUUGCUCAUUUACAUGUGCGAGAUUUUCCUCCGCUUCAUGGGGCGCGGCUUGUCCGCCAUCCGUGAUGCGCUCACGUGUUUGGACAUCGCGUUGGUGCUCCUGACCUUUGUGGAACGCAUGGCCGCCGGUGCCUCGAUGGCGCGGUCCUUGCCCUCGAUCCGCCUCUUGAGGUUGUUGCGGCUGAUCCGCGCCUUCAAGCGGAUGCACAAGUCCAAAGAGUUAGUGGUGCUUUUGAGUGGCACCAGCAAGGCUGCCAGGACUUUGGCAUGGGUCUCCUUGUUUUUGAUGGUGAUUGCCUGGGCGGCCGGAGCUUGCACGCGCCAGGUCAUUGGCAACUCCCCCGUUUGGAACGGCAGCACGAACCCCAUGGUGAACUUCGAGCCCUUCAUGUCGUUCGACAACCGAGAGUACUUCGGAAACAUCGUCCGGAGUUUUUUGUCGAUGAUCCAAGUCAUCACCAACGCGCAAUGGGCGAACCACAUCGGCCGGCCCAUCAUCCUGCAAUACCCAGCUUUAUUCGUGUUCUUCGCCUUCUUCUUGUUGUCCACCACCUUCGGCCUCGUCACUUGCAUCGUGGCCAACAUUGUGCAGGACUCCUUGGAAUCCUCCCGGGCCUUCGAGAAAGCCUUGAAGGAGAUCGACCGCGAAAACCGUCGCUCCAGCGGUCUUCGAGCGGGAAAGCUCUUGAUGAUGGUCGACGAGGACGGUGAUGGUCAGCUGACGCAAAGCGAUCUGGACCGCGCUUUGGAGAACGAGGAGUUUGUGCAAAUCCUUCGGCUCCUGGAGGUGCCGGUGAUGAGCUCUGAGAACUUGAUGCGUCUCUUCGACCUCAAUGGUCGUGGACAUGUGAGCUUCCAAGAGUUAGUCCAGGGCAUCACUUCCAUGUUGGAGGACAUAGACCCCAAGGACUACACGAAGUUGGCGCUGUGGUCCGACAGUUUGAUGAAGCGUAUGGAGGCCUGCGAACAACGCUGCCAUGUCUUGGCCCAGCAGGUCGUAGACCUUCGAAGACAGAUGGAGGAGUGCUUCAACUGCCUGGCCUUGUUUAUCGGCUCUCGGGAGAACACCGAGCUCUACUACCGAGCGCUGAAAGCCAUCCGAUCAGCCCCACCACCCAUGCCCGUGGACAUCCGGGAAGCAUUGGGGCUGGAAAUCAAGGAGGAAAAGGUGCUGGAAGACGAAGCGGCGGCGUUGAUGAACUUCGCGCGGCGCUAUGUGGCCCCGAAGCAACAAGCGAAGAAGAAGACCCUCAUCGACGAUGGAUCUCCCACGGGACGGUCGCCUAGCUCGUGGCACACGGGCUUGCGCGUGGCCGCGACACUGACCUGUCACAAGGCAGUCCUGGCAGAGUCACCUCCGCCCAAGAGUGUGGAUAUUGCGCGCAAGAUGCAAGAGCAGAAAGAGGCGCAAGAGCGAGACUUCUCCUACCGGAUCAGCCGAGAGAAUGCCUUCCAGUCGACGCAGAAGUUCUCCGCGCUGAAGGACUUGCUGGGCGGCUUGUGACGCCCUUGGGCGGGACCCGCGGACCUGCGGAGAUGAAGCCAGCUGGCUGGUCAUAAGCGAGCAUGGUGGCAGGGUUCCUGUUCUAUGCUUGCUGUGGAUCUAGGUGGCCCAUCUCCAAGCAAGCCUGCAUUCCAGCGGUAGUUAGGUUUUUAUUUCUUUUAAGCAGAAGUUGAACGCCCAAGUUUCGCUGCUGAAGAGCGCACUUCCAGAGUGUGGUGCCUCCAAGCAGCAAGUUUCACCUGAGCCGCAUGUUUCUGGGGAAGAAAGUUGAGGGAUGCC